AUGGCGGGGGCUUCAGUGAAGGUGGCGGUCCGGGUCCGUCCCUUCAACUCUCGAGAGAUCGGGAAGGACAGCAAGUGCAUCAUCCAGAUGACAGGGAACACCACAAGUGAGCAUUUGCAUAUUUGGUGUUGUAAGACAUUUCUAGUAUUUUCAUUGGUUCUAGGUUACUUAUUGAUGAACCUGGUCUGGAUGUUAAUGGCCCACAAAAAUCAGUAUCCAGGGCUGGGCUACCACAACCAAAACAUUUUUUUUCUAUUGAAGUACACUAUAUAUACAAAAGUAUGUGGACACCCCUUCAAAUUAGGGGAUUGGGCUAUUUCAGCUCCACCCGUUGCUGACAGGUGUAUAAAAUCAAGCACACCGCCAUGCAAUCUCCAUAGACAAACAUUGGCAUUAGAAUGGCCUUACUGAAGAACUCAGUGACUUUCAACGUGGCACCGUCAUAGGAUACCACCUUUCCAUCAAGUCAGAUCAUCACAUUUCUGCCCUGCUAGAGCUGCCCCGGUCAACUGUAAGUGCUGUUAUUGUGAAGUGGAAACGUCUAGGAGCAACAACGGCUCAGCCGCAAAGUGGUAGGCCACACAAGCUCACAGAACGGGACCGCUGAGUGCUGAAGCGCGUAGCGUGUAAAAAUUGUCUGUCUUCGGUUGCAACACUCACUACUGAGUUCCAAACUGCCUCUGGAAGCAACGUCAGCACAAUAACUGCUUGUCUGGAGCUUCAUGAAAUGGGUUUCCAUGGCCGAGCAGCCACACACAAGCCUAAGAUCACCAUGUGCAGUGCCAAGCGUCAGCUGGAGUGGUGUAAAGCUUCACCAUCUGGCAGUCCGACGGACGAAUCUGGGUUUGGCGGAUGCCAGGAGAACGCUACCUGCCGCAAUGCAUAGUGCCAACUGUAAAGUUUGGUGGAGGAGGAAUAAUGGUCUGGGGCUGUUUUUCAUGGUUCUGGCUAGGCCCCUUAGUUCCAGUGAAAGGAAAUCUUAACGCUACAGUAUACAAUGACAUUCUAGAUGAUUCUAUGCUUCCAACUUUGUAGCAACAGUUUGGGGAAGGCCCUUUCCUGUUUCAGCAUGACAAUGCCCCCGUGCACAAAGCAAGGUCCAUACAGAAAUGGUUUGUCGAGAUUGGUGUGGAAGAACUUGACUGGCCUGCACAGUGCCCUGACCUCAACCUCAUCGAACACCUUUGGGAUGAAUUGGAAUGCAGACUGCGAGCCAGGCCUAAUCGCCCAACAUCAGUGCCCGCAGCAAUGUUUCAACAUCUAGUGGAAAGCUUUCCCAGAAGAGUGGAGGCUGUUAUAGCAGCAAAGGGGGGACCAACUCCAUAUUAAUGCCCAUGAUUUUGGAAUGAGAUGUUCUAAAAUAUUUUAGUUGGGGGACAUGCUGGUAUUAGGCCUAGUCUGCCAUUGUUAUAGUCUAUGUAGGCAAUGUUCUAUAGUGAUAUCUCUGGAAUAUGUAUUGAUGAAUCCUUGAAAGGCCUUCCAUUGGGAUAUACAGCAUUUUCCAGUCUGAUAACUCCAGGCAAAGAUGUUCUUAUCAAUAAUAAAUACAGUUUGUUUAAAUAUUUACUAAUAUGGUCUGAUUUAGAUUGGGCCUUCAGGAGACAACCUCAUAUUGUCGCGGUAUGAUGAAACCCUUGUAACUACAUUUUUGAAAUGUUGUAGUUUUCUUUUACACUUAUUGAAAGCAGUAACUCCCCCCAACCUACUCUGAACAGUUCAUGAAUCUAGGACCAAGCAAAUGUAUUCAAAAUAGCUUCUGAAGUUUCAUGAUUGUAUGUUCAUUCAUGGUCAUUUUUUUCGAUUUCCUGAAAUGUUUCUGUUUUGGAGAUAAGAGAUGUUCAUCAGACAGUGACAAUAUGACAUUGUAUAUGGUUUUAAAAGGCUAUACAUGUGUUUAUAUAAUUGGAUCUAACACUAUUUCAAACUUAUUUCCAGAAAUUCAUCACUUCACAACAUAGGUCCUUCUUGGCUCUAUCAUCUCUCUUGUGGAGAAUUACUGUAGAGAAUCAAUGAAACGUUGCGCUUCGUGCUUUGCUCUUGGAACACAUGCUUGAAAGCAUCGCGACGGUGGGCAGUGGGGCAUGUAACACAUCUCCAUAGGAAGUGAAACAAAGGGUCCAGUCAGAACUGUGUAUGUGUGUGGACCUCUAGAGCGUCUCAUCCCGCGAGUCAGAGGGUCCAAAAGGCCUCGUUGUUUCUGUCUGAGCCGAGACACUGGGUCAGCUGAUGUGUGUGUAUGUGUCUUAUUCCGCCACUUUGUGCCUGUCGGCGGUCUGGUGAUGACCUCAUUCCCACAGUCUUUGGCAUGGCACAGAUUAGGUUAGAUCUCUGGAAAUCUCGGUGAAAUUACUUUAGUGGAGGUAAUACAGUGUACUGUUUACCAUUUAUACAACGGGUGGGUCUAAUCCUGAAUGCUGAUUGGUUAAAACCGCAUUCCAGCUGGUGUCUAUUCCACGAGUUACAUCCGGCUAAAUCUAUGAUGUUAAAAUGCCUAUUUACUCUGUUCCAUCUGACUGCGCAAUCCACUGUCUCAUCAGCCCAGCCAGUCAAUUUGUAAACUUGAUCGCCACUAUAAAAAACAGCUAGACUUUAUCUCACAUUUCUUUUAGACUAACAUUUAGUUUUCAACAGCGGAGAUUUGUAUAAACCUUGCUGUCUGUCUCUCCGACAUUUGCAACAUUGUAAACAUCAACUAGCCUCUUCCUGGUUGCUUCCACUCUACAGUUAUUUCAAGGAACUAGGACAUAGGAAAGGGAGCCAUUUUAGGGCUAUUAGGAUGGGAACGUUUGCAGAAAUCCCAUCUCUUGUAUCACUGAGGGAUUGCAACCACGUUUCCAUCCACAGUUUUUAUGUGAAGUCAUACCUUAUAAAAAAAUAAAUAGUGCCUUGGCCAUUAAAGCUUUCAUAGAAAGGGACUUGCUCAGUCAGAUUCCACCAGCUCCACAAUUCUUCCUGAAAUGAUGACAAUGCAUUUUCCACUAAUUGUAUCUUCUGUAUGUAGUCAGCCAAAUACACUGCUCAAAAAAAUAAAGGGAACACUUAAACAACACAAUGUAACUCCAAGUCAAUCACACUUCUGUGAAAUCAAACUGUCCACUUAGGAAGCAACACUGAUUGACAAUACAUUUCACAUGCUGUUGUGCAAAUGGAAUAGACAACAGGUGGAAAUUAUAGGCAAUUAGCAAGACACCCCCAAUAAAGGACUGGUUUUGCAGGUGCUGACCACAGACCACUUCUCAGUUCCUAUGCUUCCUGGCUGAUGUUUUGGUCACUUUUGAAUGCUGGCGGUGCUUUCACUCUAGUGGUAGCAUGAGACGGAGUCUACAACCCACACAAGUGGCUCAGGUAGUGCAGCUCAUCCAGGAUGGCACAUCAAUGCGAGCUGUGGCAAGAAGGUUUGCUGUGUCUGUCAGCGUAGUGUCCAGAGCAUGGAGGCGCUACCAGAAGACAGGCCAGUACAUCAGGAGACGUGGAGGAGGCCGUAGGAGGGCAACAACCCAGCAGCAGGACUGCUACCUCCGCCUUUGUGCAAUGAGGAGCAGGAGGAGCACUGCCAGAGCCCUGCAAAAUUACCUCCAGCAGGCCACAAAUGUGCAUGUGUCUGCUCAAACGGUCAGAAACAGACUCCAUGAGGGUGGUAUGAGGGCCCGACGUCCACAGGUGGGGGUUGUGCUUACAGCCCAACACCGUGCAGGAUGUUUGGCAUUUGCCAGAGAACACCAAGAUUGGCAAAUUCGCCACUGGCGCCCUGUGCUCUUCACAGAUGAAAGCAGGUUCACACUGAGCACAUGUGACAGACGUGACUGAGUCUGGAGACGCCGUGGAGAACGUUCUGCUGCCUGCAACAUCCUCCAGCAUGACUGGUUUGGCGGUGGGUCAGUCAUGGUGUGGGGUGGCAUUUCUUUGGGGGGCCGCACAGCCCUCCAUGUGCUUGCCAGAGGUAGCCUGACUGCCAUUAGGUACCGAGAUGAGAUCCUCAGACCCCUUGUGAGACCAUAUGCUGGUGCGGUUGGCCCUGGGUUCCUCCUAAUGCAAGACAAUGCUAGACCUCAUGUGGCUGGAGUGUGUCAGCAGUUCCUGCAAGAGGAAGGCAUUGAUGCUAUGGACUGGCCCGCCCGUUCCCCAGACCUGAAUCCAAUUGAGCACAUCUGGGACAUCAUGUCUCGCUCCAUCCACCAACGCCACGUUGCACCACAGACUGUCCAGGAGUUGGCGGAUGCUUUAGUCCAGGUCUGGGAGGAGAUCCCUCAGGAGACCAGCCGCCACCUCAUCAGGAGCAUGCCCAGGCGUUGUAGGGAGGUCAUACAGGCACAUGGAGGCCACACACACUACUGAGCCUCAUUUUGACUUGUUUUAAGGACAUUACAUCAAAGUUGGAUCAGCCUGUAGUGCGGUUUUCCACUUUAAUUUUGAGGGUGACUCCAAAUCCAGACCUCCAUGGGUUGAUAAAUUUGAUUUCCAUUGAUAUUUUUUGUGUGAUUUUGUUGUCAGCACAUUCAACUAUGUAAAGAAAAAAGUAUUUAAUAAGAUUAUUUCAUUCAUUCAGAUCUAGGAUGUGUUAUUUUAGUGUUCCCUUAAUUUUUUUGAGCAGUGUAUAUUAUACAUCUGGUCUGCCAUAUACAGUGUAUCACAAUAAUUUACUUGGUGUAGAUUUAUGGUUUUGGUUUGGAUACUUCUAACCUUUGUUUCCUUCCUGUCUGCCCUUUCAGCGAUCCUAAACCCCAAACAGCCGAAGGAGAACAAGAGCUUCAACUUCGACUACUCCUACUGGUCACACACCACAGUGAGUUUUGCCACACCACAGAAGUCCCACACUAGAGACUUGAAUGUCGUGCAUUUAAAGAUCGUGCAAGCCAUGAGGUCAGUAUUUAUUCCGUAAUUGCUUAAUAAAGGUGUAUUAAACCUCAAUCUCUUUCUCUUUCUCUCGCUCUCUGUUUCUCUCUCCUCACGCUCUCUCGCUCUCUCGCUUUCUCUCUCUCUCUGUUUCUCUCUCCUCUCGCGCUCUCUCUCUCUCUCUCUCUCUCUCUCUCUCUCUCUCUCUCUCUCUCUCUGUUUCUCUCUCCUCUCUCUCGCUUUCUCUCUCUAUCUCUCUGCAGCCGGACGACAUCAACUAUCAUUCCCAGAAGCAGGUGUACAAAGACAUUGGAGAGGAGAUGUUGCUGCAUGCCUUUGAGGGCUACAACGUGUGUAUCUUUGCAUAUGGCCAGACUGGAUCUGGGAAGAGCUACACCAUGAUGGGCAAGCAGGACCAGAAGGACCAGCAAGGCAUCAUCCCUCUGGUAGGAUGGAUGGAUGGAUGGGUGGAUGUAUGACAAAAUGUAGUAAAGACAUCAUAUAAUCUAUAGUUACUUCAUCACGUACAUGUCAGAUUCUGGAACUAUGAAAACACAUUUAGGUUUAUACCAAAAACCCUCAAAGCCACUUAGUGAUAAUACAUUCUGUAUGCUGUGUUCAAUGACCCAAGCCCAGCUCAGUUAAUCCCUACCAUUGUGUCACUGUGUUGUCACAAUGCUUCAGCAAAUGUGCAUUAUCCCAGGGGCGUUGGAAGACAAUGUAAGUAACGUAAUUUCUGUCCCUCAAACUGCCUUGAAUGCUUCUGCUGAUUCUACAGCUAUUGUAUGCAGUAAUCAUGUGCCUAUGAACCAGAGUUAUACUGUUAACACUGAGGUUUUGUGCCCUAGUAGGAGGUCCACUGUGUGCAGCUCACCCUGCACUAACAUAAAUAACAUGAGUAAAGCAAUGAAAACAAGCAAGCAUCCCAGAAAAGUGUGAUAAAUUGCCUACGUUAACAUAUGUAUCUUAAGAAACAAGGUUCAUGAAAUCAAUAAUUUGCUAGUAAUAGAUGACAUGAAUAUUCUGACAAUCUCUGAAACUCACUUAGAUAAUACCUUUGAUGAUAUAAUGGUAGCAAUACAUGGUUAUAACAUCUACAGAAAACACAGAAAUGCCAAUGUUGCCGUUUUAUAUUCAGAACCAAAUCCCUGUAAAGCUUAGAGAGGAUCUCAUGUUAAAUACUGUUGAAGUAAUAUUGCUACAGGUUCAUCUGCCUCACCUAAAGCCCAUUCUUGUGGGAAGCUGCUAUAGACCACCAAAUGCUAACAGUCAGUACCUGGAUAACGUGUGAAAUGCUUGAUAAUGUACAGUGAGGGAAAAAGUAUUUGAUCCCCUGCUGAUUUUGUAAGUUUGCCCACUGACAAAGAAAUGAUCAGUCUAUAAUUUUAAUGGUAGGUUUAUUUGAAGAGUGAGAGACAGAAUAACAACAAAAAAAUCCAGAAAAACGCAUGUCAAAAAUGUUAUAAAUUGAUUUUGCAUUUUAAUGAGGGAAAUUAGUAUUUGACCCCUCUGCAAAACAUGACUUAGUACUUGGUGGCAAAACCCUUGUUGGCAAUCACAGAGGUCAGACGUUUCUUGUAGUUGUCCACCAGGUUUGCACACAUCUCAGGAGGGAUUUUGUCCCACUCCUCUUACUCAUCCACGACCCAUUUUCAAUGCCCUGGCUGAGGGAAGGAGGUUCUCACCUAAGAUUUGACGGUACAUGGCCCCGUCCAUCGUUCCUUUGAUGCGGUGAAGUUGUCCUGUCCCCUUAGCAGAAAAACACCCCCAAAGCAUAAUGUUUCCACCUCCAUGUUUGACGGUGGGGAUGGUGUUCUUGGGGUCAUAGGCAGCAUUCCUCCUCCUCCAAACACGGCGAGUUGAGUUGAUGCCAAAGAGCUCGAUUUUGGUCUCAUCUGACCACAACACUUUCACCCAGUUCUCCUUUGAAUCAUUCAGAUGUUCAUUGGCAAACUUCAGACGGGCAUGUAUAUGUGCUUUCUUGAGCAGGGGGACCUUGCGGGCGCUGCAGGAUUUCAGUUCUUCACGGCAAAGUGUGUUACCAAUUGUUUUCUUGGUGACUAUGGUCCCAGCUGCUUUGAGGUCAUUGACAAGAUCCUCCCGUGUAGUUCUGGGCUGAUUCCUCACCAUUCUCAUGAUCAUUGCAACUCCACGAGGUGAGAUCUUGCAUGGAGCCCCAGGCAGAGGGAGAUUGACAGUUCUUUUGUGUUUCUUCCAUUUGUGAAUAAUCGCAACUGUUGUCACCUUCUCACCAAGCUGCUUGGCGAUGGUCUUGUAGCCCAUUCCAGCCUUGUGUAGGUCUACAAUCUUGUCCCUGACGUCCUUGGAGAGCUCUUUGGUCUUGGCCAUGGUGGAGAGUUUGGAAUCUGAUUGAUUGAUUGCUUCUGUGGACAGGUGUCUUUUAUACAGGUAACAAGCUGAGAUUAGGAGCACUCCCUUUAAGAGUGUGCUCCUAAUCUCAGCUCGUUACCUGUAUAAAAGACACCUGGGAGCCAGAAAUCUUUCUGAUUUAGAGGGGGUCAAAUACUUAUGUCCCUAAUUAAAAUGCAAAAUCAAUUUAUAACAUUUUUCUGGAUUAUUUUGUUGUUAUUCUGUCUCUCACUGUUCAAAUAAACCUACCAUUAAAAUUAUAGACUGAUAAUUUCUUUGUCAGUGGGCAAACGUACAAAAUCAGCAGGGGAUCAAAUACUUUUUUCCCUCACUGUAUGUGAUAUAGACAGAGAGGUAUAUUUUCUGGGUGAUUUAAAUAUUGACUGGCUUUCAUCAAGCUGCCCACUCAAGAAAAAGCUUAAAACUAUAACUAGUGCCUGCAACCUGGUUCAGGUUAUCAGUCUACCUACCAGGGUAGUUACAAACAGCACAGGAAUGAAAUCAUCAACAUGUAUUGAUCACAUCUUUACUAAUGCUGCAGAAAUUUGCUUUAAAGCGUUAUCCAUAUCCAUCAGAUGUAGUGAUCAUAAUACAGUAGCCAUAUCUAGGAAAACCAAAGUUCCAAAGGCUGGGCCUAAUAUAGUGUAUACGAGGUCAUACAAUACCUUUUGUAAUGAUUCCUAUGUUGUUGAGGUAAAUAAUAUGUUUUGGUCUGUGGUGUGUAAUGAGGAGCAACCAGAUGCUGCACUUGACACAUUUAUGAAAUUGCUUAUUCCAGUUACUAAUAAGCAGGCACCCAUUAAGAAAAGGACUGUAAAAAUGGUUAAAUCCCCAUGGAUUGAUGAGGAAUUGAAACAUUUUAUGGUUGAGAGGGAUGAGGCAAAAGGAAUGGCCAAUAAGUCUGGCUGCACAACUGAUUGGCAAAAGAACUGCAAAUUGAGAAAUCACGUGACUAAACAGAAUAAAAAGAAGAAGAAACUAUACUAUGAAACAAAGAUAAAUGAUAUAAAGAAUGAUAGUAAAAAGCUUUGGAGUACCUUAAAUGACAUUUUGGGCAAAAAGGCAAACUCAGCUCCACCAUUCAUUGAAUCAGAUGGCUCAUUCAUCACAAAACCCACUGAUAUUGCCAAUUACUUUAAUGCUUUUUUCAUUGGCAAGAUUAGAAACCUUAGGAAAGACAUGCCAGCAACAAACGCUGACACUUCACAUCCAAGUGUAACUGAUCAAAUUAUGAAAGACAAGCAUUGUAAUUUUGAAUUCCGUAAAGUGAGUGUGGAAGAGGUGAUUAUCAUUUUUUUGUCUAUCAACAAUGACAAGCCACCAGGGUCUGACAACUUCGAUGAAAAAUUACUGAGGAUAAUAGCGGAAGAUAUUGCCACUCCUAUUUGCCAUAUCUUCAAUCUACACUACCGUUCAAAAGUUUGGGGUCACUUAGAAAUGUCCUUGUUUUCGAAAGAAAAUCAAUUUUUUUGUCCAUUAAAAUAACAUCAAAUUGUUCAGAAAUACAUUGUAGACAUUGUUAAUGUUGUAAAUGGCUAUUGUAGCUGGAAAUGGCUGAUUUUUAAUGGAAUAUCUACAUAGGCGUACAGAGGCCCAUUAUCAGCAACCAUCAGUCCUGUGUUCCAAUGGCACGUUGUUUUUGCUAAUCCAAGUUUAUCAUUGUAAAAGGCUAAUUGAUCAUUAGAAUACCCUUUUGCAAUUAUGUUAGCACAGCUGAAAACUGUUGUGCUGAUUAAAUAAGCAAUGCAACUGGCCUUCUUGAGACUAGUUGAGUAUCUGGAGCAUCAGCAAUUGUGGGUUUGAUUACAGGCUCAAAAUGGCCAGAAACAAAUAACUUUCUUCUGAAACUCGUCAGUCUAUUCUUGUUGUGAGAAAUUACCAAGAAACUGAAGAUCUCGUACAACGCUGUGUACUACUCCCUUCAUAGAACAGCGCAAACUGGCUCUAACCAGAAUAGAAAUAGGAGUGGGAGGCCCCAGUGCACAACUGAGCAAGAGGACAAAUACAUUAGAGUGUCUAGUUUGAGAAACAGACGCCUCACAGGUCCUCAACUGGCAGCUUCAUUAAAUAGUACCCGCAAAACACCAGUCUCAACGUCAACAGUGAAGAAGCGACUCCGGGAUGCUGACCUUUUAGGCAGAGUUGCAAAGAAAAAGCCAUAUCUCAGACUGGCCAAGAAAAAGAAAAGAUUAUGAUGGGCAAAAGAACACAGACACUGGACAGAGGAAGAUUUGAAAAAAGUGUUAUGGACAGACGAAUCGAAGUUUGAGGGUUUCGGAUCACAAAGAAGAACAUUUGUGAGACGCAGACCAAAUGAAAAGAUGCUGGAGGAGUGCUUGAUGCAUCUGUCAAGCAUUGUGGAGGCAAUGUGAUGGUCUGGGGGUGCUUUGUGGUGGUAAAGUUGGAGAUUUGUACAGGGUAAAAGGGAUCUUGAAGAAGGAAGGCUAUCACUCCAUUUUGCAACACCAUGCCAUACCCUGUAGACGGCGCUUGAUUGGAGCCAAUUUCCUCCUACAACAGGACAAUGACCCAAAGCACAGCUCCAAACUAUGCAAUAACUAUUUAGGGAAGAAGCAGUCAGCUGGUAUUCUGUCUAUAAUGGAGUGGCCAGCACAGUCACCGGAUCUCAACCCUAUUGAGCUGUUGUGGGAGCAGCUUGACCGUAAGAAGUGCCCAAUUUGGUACGUAAGAAUUUGUGGGAGGUGCUUCAGGAAGCAUGGGGUGAAAUCUCUUCAGAUUACCUCAACAAAUUGACAACUAGAAUGCCAAAGGUCUGCAAGGCUGUAAUUGCUGCAAAUGGAGGAUUCUUUGACGAAAGCAAAGUUUGAAGGACACAAUUAUUAUUUAUAUAAAAAAUCAUUAUUUCUAACCUUGUCAAUGACUACAUUUCCUAUACAUUUUGCUAUAUUUCCUAUUCAAACUCAUUUCAUGUAUGUUUUCAUGGAAAACAAGGACAUUUCUAAGUGACCCCAAACUUUUGAACGGUAUUGUAAGCCUACUAGAAAGUUUUGCUUCCCUCAGGCCUGGAGGGAAGCAAAUGUAAUUCCUCUACCCAAGAAUAGUAAAGCCCGCUUUGCUGGCUCAAAUAGCCGACCAAUUAGCCUGUUACCAACCCUUAGUAAACUUUGGGAAAAAAGGGUGUUUGACCAGAUACAAUGCUAUUUUAUUGUAAACAAAUUGACAACAGACUUUCAACACGCUUAUAGGGAAGGACAUUCAACAAGCACGGCACUUACACAAAUGACUGAUGAUUGUCUGAGAGAAAUUGAUGAUACAAAUAUUGUGGGAGCUGUUUUGUUAGACUUCAGUGCGGCUUUUGACAUUAUCGAUCAUAGUCUGCUGAUGGAAAAACGUAUGCAUUAUGGCUUUACACCCCCUACUAUAUUGUGGAUAAAGAGUUACCUGUCUAAAAGAACACAGAGGGUGUUCUUUAAUGGAAGCCUCCCCAACAUAAUCCAGGUACAAUCAGGAAUUCUCCAGGGCAGCUGUCUAGGCCCCUUACUUUUUUCAAUCUUUACUAAUGACAUGCCACUGGCCUUGAGUAAAGCCAAUGUGUCUAUGUAUGCAGAUGACUCAACACUAUACACGUCAGCUACUACAGCGAGUGAAAUCACUGCAACACUUAACAAAGAGCUGCAGUUAUUUUCAGAAUGGGUGGCAAGGAAUAAGUUAGUCCUAACUAUUUCAAAAACGAAAAACAUUGUAUUUGGGACAAAUCAUUCACUAAACCCUAAACCUCAACUAAAUGUUGUAAUAACUCAUGUGGAAAUGUAGCAAGUUGAGGUGACUAAACUGCUUGGAGUAACCCUGGAUUGUAAACUGUCAUGGUCAAAACAUGUUGAUACAACAGUAGCUAAGAUAGGGAGAAGUCUGUCCAUAAUAAAGUGAUACUCUGCCUUUUGAACAACACUAUCAGCAAGGCAGGUCCUACAGGCUCUAGUUUUGUCGCACCUGGACUACUGUUCAGUCGUGUGGUCAGGUGCCACAAAGAGGGACCUCGGAAAAUUACAAUUGGCUUAGAACAGGGCAGCACGGCUGGCCCUUAAAUGUACACAGAGAGCUAACAUUAAUAAUAUGCAUGUAAAUCUCUCAUGGCUCAAAGUGGAGGAGAGAUUGACUUCAUCACUACUUGUUUUUGUAAGAAGUGUUGACAUGCUGAAUGCACCAAGGUGUCUGUUUUAAACUACUAGCACAGAGCUCGGACACCCAUGCAUACCCCACAAGACAUGUCACCAAAGGUCUCUUCACAAUCCCCAAGUCAAGAACAGACAAUGAGAGGCGCACAGUACUACAUAGAGCCAUGGCUACGUGGAACUCUAUUCCACAUCAGGUACCUGAUGCAAGCAGUAGAAUCAGAUUUAAAAAACAGAUAAAAAUACACCUCAUGGAACAGCGGGGACUGUGAAGAGACACACACACAGGCACAGAUACACAUACACAUGAUAAGACACAUACUAUACACACAUGUACACAUGGAUUUUGUAUUGUAGGUAUGUGAUAGUAGAGUGGUGGCCUGAGGGAACACACUUAAUGUGUUGUGAAAAGUGUUAUAAAAUGUAAUGUCAAGUAAUAUUUUUAAUUGUAUAUAACUGCCUUAAUGUUGCUGGACCCCAGGAAGAGAAGCUUCUUCCUUGGCAGGAACUAAUGGGGAUCCUUAAUAAAUACAAAUACAAAUAACAAUAACAAUAAUAACAACAAAUAACAAUAACAAUAAUCCUCCAUGCUUUCUUCUCUGCCAGCUGUGUGAGGACCUCUUCACCAAGAUCAGUGACAGCAAUACCGACAACAGCUUGUCCUACUCCGUAGAGGUGAGUGCUCCCGACCCUCUUGUGUUUUUAGAAUAAGCUUGAAUACGGGAGAGGCCUACUCCAUAGUAGGUUAGGGCUUUUAUAGGAAAAAUCCACCCAAAACCACUCAUUCCUUUAAUUUACAGUGUUAAAUAACACUAAUAUGUGAAAACAAUAUUUUUUGUGAACAGAUGUUUCAUUUUGGCGUUAUAAUAAGUUUGGUAGCAACAUGGAAAAUCGUUGUGGAAAUCUGUUGCAGCCCAAGUCGACUACAAAAUCCACAAUGCAAUGCUCACUCUAUGGGCUGGCUGGCUAGCUAGGUAGCUAGCUAGCAAACGUAGCUACACACAAUAUUACCAAAGACAAUAUCAGCAUGUAACGUAGCUAGUUAGCUGUAAAAUCGCCUAAACAAACUGCACUAUCAAUUUAGGAGUCUACAAUCUCACCAUGUUCAACCUACAGAUCGAUGUGCCUCACAGAGUCGAGUCUGACAUUCGCAACGGCAGAUAUACUUUUGAGGAGAUGGGAAAUGUUGCCCAUGCUGUGCAUUCUGGGCGAUUCUGGGUCAAGGAGCGCUCUCCUUCAAGGAUUGAAGCACGAAUUUCGUCAACAAGAAGUACAACAUUACAAAUCUUUUCCGAGAUGUGAGAUAAUUAACUUGCUAUCUGUAUUAUCGAAUAGCUUUGGAAUUGUGACAUUACGUACUUUUGAGGAAAAUAGGCAUGUUUCUCGACAUAUACACUGACUUUGAGAAGGGAUUGCGUGAUGAUUAGCUUAGCAACCGCGUGAGGCAGCAUGAACGUGAUUGGGCGACAGUCUGCUGGGUGGGUGCGUUAUACAUACUUCAUCCAUUGGAUUCCUAUCUCCUUUCUAUAAUAUCUCUGGCAUCGCCACCAUGCAAUGCACCCUGGACUAAAGUGUGCUAGACCCUCUGUUAAAUUGCAAAUUUCUCGAGGUAGGAAUAUUGCAAAAAUAUGAUCAAUGGCUCAAUCGAGAGAAGACAUCCUCCCGAGUUAUGACAUCGGCCAGUAUUGAAAUCUGACAUGUAUGAUAGACGUUUUCGUGAUCUAAAAGUCGUAUUCCUAUUAACUUCCAGUGUAGUGAGAGCGACUUUAUCACAGUGCUACGUCAUACUGGCCGAAUUUCUGCCUGCUUGAAUGCCAAUAACUCAGAUACACAUGAAAACGUGAAAUGACCCUGGGAAUUGAUAGAACAUCACUCAGAGAUGCACAAAAACAAUAUAACACUCAAAAUGCGUUAACCUUUCCUUUAACCACUGGGUGAUAUGAAUAGCUCUGUUAAAUCUAUAUAGAAUCCACCAUAACUAAUUGUAUCCUAACGUGGGUCACAGUCAUGAAAUGGCAAAUCCACAUUACGGUGCUUAAACCAAAGACAAGUGAUAUGUAAAAGCAAUGGGGAGGACACAGUAUUGUCAUAACACAAACAUAAGAUAAGAGUUCUGUUAAGAGUGUCUUCUCUACCCCAAGUGCUCAAUAGACAUUUGAUUGGCACUUAGUUCGUUUGAUUGGCACUUAUAUAGAGUAUUGACAACCUCCACAGGUGAGCUACAUGGAGAUCUACUGUGAGCGUGUGCGUGACCUGCUGAACCCGAAGAACAAGGGGAACCUGCGUGUGAGAGAGCACCCCCUGAUGGGGCCCUACGUGGAGGACCUGUCCAAGCUGGCUGUCACCUCCUACAACGACAUCCAGGACCUCAUGGAGUCCGGCAACAAGGCCAGGUAAAUGGGACUUUGAAUGGAUGGAUUGAUGAUAGAUGGAUGGAUGGGCGGGUGGGUUGGUGGGUUGGAAGGGUGGAUGGAAGAGAGAGGGAUGGAUGGAUGUCAUACGGUUAAAUUCUCUCUUCUUUCAGGACGGUGGCAGCCACCAACAUGAAUGAGACCAGCAGCCGCUCUCACGCUGUCUUCAACAUCAUCUUCACUCAGAAGAAACAUGACAUGGAUUCAGAGAACACAUCUGAGAAGGUACGGUACAGGCUUAUAACAACUUAAUAACCAGGUUUAACCUCCUGUUCAAGCUACUGCAAUAGUUUGAGGCCAUAGAGUUAUAAACCGUAGAUAGGUGAUUUUCACUCUAGGGUUAAUAACUCUGACCAAUAUGUAUGGUUUAUACUUUUAUAGUUGAGAUCUAUUGCCAUGUUAUCUGGACAUCCACAGUGUUAUCAUUUAUGCUCAUUACAGAUAAGCCCUCAAAGAGAGUUUAUUGGAGCUGCCACUGUGUAUUAGGAAUCUGGGCAUUUUUCCUUUUUAAUACAGAGUACGGUAGCAUAUUUAUGCCAAAAUAAAUUAUGACACCCGAGUCGUUUCUUGUUUAAGGUGAGCAAGAUCAGCCUGGUGGAUCUGGCUGGGAGUGAGCGAGCCGACUCUACAGGAGCCAAAGGAACCAGGCUGAAGGUGAGAGGUUAUUUUUGGGUCUACUUUAUAGGCUGAAUCCGAUCCCCCAGUGAUAUCAAUUAAUGAAUUCCUCAAAGUAUUGAGUUCACACUUCUAGUUGACAUGUCUAUGCAUUUUACAAAGCCUAGGCUCUGUGUCUCGAGAUUGUGGAGAUUGUAGUUUUUGUGUCCCAAGCAAGGCUUCUCGUUUGAUUAACUACGCCCCAUCUGUUCCUUUUCAGGAAGGAGCAAAUAUCAACAAAUCUCUAACCACACUGGGAAAAGUCAUCUCUGCUUUAGCUGAAGUGGUUAGAGUCCUUACUCUUCAGUACACAACUCUUUGUAUGUAUGGUAAUUUAAGCAAUUUGGUAAGACUGUCUAUUCAUUCAAUACUGUCAAUUUCUUAUUUUUCUAGGACUCGGCACCAAAUAAGGUACACCAUUUCAAUGACUUAUUCAAUUUCUGUCAUGAGAAAAUAUUUUGGGAAAUGGUAUUUAGAGAUGAUUAACAAGCGUUUCUUCUUAUACUGGUAUGCCUACAUUUGUCAACAUGUAAAGACACUUCUAUUGAAGCAGUAUCCUAAUUGGGAAGAUUAACUGUUAACAGAACAAGAAGAAGAAGAAGGUGGAGAGCCAUAUCCCAUACAGAGACUCAGUGCUGACCUGGCUACUGAGAGAGAAUCUGGGUACGUACUUUCCACCUAGUAGCCCAGAUCCUGCAGUCUACACCAAUUGUAGCAUCCCAUCACUGCUUACUCUUUUUUUUUUUAUUCCUCUGCAGAUGCCCGGUAAAUAAUCCUUCCUCCUCUCGCCGUCAUCCCCAAUUAACCUGUUUUCCCCUUUCUGUCCAUUAGGAGGUAACUCUCGCACCGCCAUGGUGGCAGCCCUCAGCCCUGCUGACAUCAACUAUGACGAGACCCUGAGCACCCUCAGGUAAGAACCCAGCUCUGAGGUAACAUUCUCCGGUUAAAAACAUAGUAGUCAUUGGGUGACCCUAUAGUACUUCACUAUCACUGUCAUUAUUUGUGAGGAGCAGUUUUAGUUCCAAACCCCUGCCCCUUUAUAAUGUAAUGUACACAAGUGUAAUGACAAUGCAUUGUGAGACUAAACCAGAAAGUAAUCCAGGAGCUUCAAAUAAUGAUACCUUGAAGGCUCCCAUGUUUUCACUGUCAAUUACGAUUUUUUCAUAUAGUUAUGAAAAAAGUAGAAUUUAGAUUUUGGGGUGAACUUCCCCUUUAAUGGUUUUCAACCUCUCAGGUAUGCUGACCGCGCUAAGCAGAUCCGCUGUAACGCUGUCAUCAACGAGGACCCCAACAACCGUUUGGUGCGUGAGUUGAAGGAGGAGGUGUGUCGCCUCAAGGACCUCCUCUAUGCUCAGGGCCUGGGAGAUAUCAUAGACAGUGAGUACACACACACACACACACACACACACACACACACACACACACACACACACACACAGGAUGAGUGUCUCACACACACUCUUCUCUCUCCCCUCUCCUCUCAGCAUAUCGAUGUCCUGGUCCUGUGAUAGCUGGUUUGAAAAGUGUGUAUAUUCUGGCAACCUCACGCUUUUGCAGCUAACUUGAAAAUUAAGCUCUAACUUUUAUCACACUAGAGUCCAUACAACACAGAGCUAUGACAGGAGAAACUGCUCUCAUAGUUACUUUCCAAGUCCUCAUUUCCUCUCCCUUAUCUGCACUGAUCUGCAAACACGGGAUAGGUGAAAGCAAGAUGGUGGACUCCUCUUAGGGAACAGACCUUCACCUGUCCAGUCCUUUCAGAUCAGUGCAGAUCAAGAAGAGACGAGGGGAGGAAGCCAUUUUAGACUGUUGGGAUGCAUGCAGCCUUGGUUACACUCCGGUUCUCUGGGUGUGUAGCUAGCUGAUUGGACGCUCUGCUUCUGUAGAGGAGCUAUGCUGUGCCAGGUUCUUAAUGUGGGCUCUGGUUGGGGCUCUAGAGCUCAGCUACCUUCUAAUUCACACUGCUUGCCCAGCAUAAUUGUCCCUUGCAGGAUGAAUAACGUUUUUUGGAAUUGCAUUGAAUUUAAUUGAAUAAUGCUUUCACAGCCUUUCAGCCUGGAGAUUAUGCUGCAAGUAAGAACUAAAAUACAUUUCUUCUAGAUUGCCUGCCCUAUAUAUUGGCUGGUCUUCAUAUAAGAUUGCUUGUUUUUAGCUUGGUAUUGUAUGUAUUUUGCAUAUGAAUGUCAGAGAAAUGCAUUGGCUCUAACUUAUCGUAUGCUUUCCAUAUUCCAUCGGUUUAAGUUGCUAUUUUCUCGCUCCUCUCUCUGCAGUGGCUUUGGUAAGCACCUGUCUCUGCUUCUACAAUCCAUUUUGUUUCAGCUCUUCUUCUUUUUUUCCCCCUCCUUUUCUUCCUUCUGUCCAUCUCUCUGUUUUCUCUCCGCCCCAAUGUCUCCUCUUCCUCACCUUCCUGCUGUCUGCUCCCUCUCUCUCCCUCUCUCUCCCCCACACGCUCCCGCUCUUCUUCUGGCAGACUUGUGCGAUUACAACAACUUUGUCAAUAAUCGCCAGGCUGUCAAUCAAAUGGGUGAUCUAUCCACAGUGACCAAUGCCAUGACUGGGAUGAGCCCCUCCCCCUCGCUCUCCGCUCUGUCCAGCCGCGCGGGCUCCAUGGCAAACCUGCACGACCGCAUCUUCAGCCCCGCCUCCGAGGAGGCCAUAGAGAGGCUCAAGGUAGGGAGGAGGGAGGGAGGGAGGGUGAAAUGAGAGGUAGUGGGUGAGUGAGUGAGUGAGCUAGAGAGAUUGAAGGAGAAAGAGACAGGGUGGGAAGGGGAGAGAGAGGAGGAGAGGAAGGGCAGUGGAGAGAGAGGGAGACGGCUGGGGACAGAUGGAGAAAGAGAGGAGGAGAGGAAGGGCAGUGGAGAGAGAGGGAGACGGCUGGGGACAGAUGGAGAAAGAGAGGAGAGGAAGGGCAGUGGAGAGAGAGGGAGACGGCUGGGGACAGAUGGAGAAGGAGAGGAGGCGAGGAAGGGCAGUGGAGAGAGAGGGAGAUGGCUGGGGACAGAUGGAGAAAGAGAGGAGGAGAGGAAGGGCAGUGGAGAGAGAGGGAGACGGCUGGGGACAGAUGGAGAAAGAGAGGAGGAGAGGAAGGGCAGUGGAGAGAGAGGGAGACGGCUGGGGACAGAUGGAGAAAGAGAGGAGGAGAAGGAAGUUAGAGAGAGAUGGCAAGGGUGAGGUAGGCUAACCACGAUGCUAAGUAAUUCCAUGUAUGUACCAUGCCAACUUAGACAUUUGUCAUUCUUUCCACCCUAGGAAACAGAGAAAAUCAUUGCAGAGCUCAAUGAGACAUGGGAGGAGAAGCUGCGCCGUACUGAAGAUAUCCGGAUGCAGAGGUGUGUUAGAUGGAUUUAACCAUUAUCCUCAUCUGAGUCCCUCUGUCUUAAAUAACCGUUAUAACUAACCCAAACCCUACCCCAAAUUACCGUGGCUCUCUGCUAUCUGUAGGGAGGCGUUACUGGCUGAGAUGGGCGUGGCCAUGAGAGAAGAUGGAGGCACCGUGGGCGUGUUCUCUCCCAAGAAGGUCAGAACCUCAAAAAUACAGUACACCCCUAUCACAACUAUAAUGAUAUUUACUACAGUACCCAUAAUGCUCUGUACAUAAUCAUUUUUUCCCAUCAUGCUACAACAACCCCUGUCAACAACAUUUGGACACAAAGUCAUAAUGUUCAUGUCUUUCUUUUAGACCCCUCACCUGGUGAACCUAAAUGAGGACCCAUUGAUGUCUGAGUGCUUACUCUACUACAUAAAAGAUGGGACCACCAAGUAAGAACUACUGUUUUCUUUAAUCUGCAGGAAAUGUGUACUUUUCAUUGAGAACACUUUUUUAUUGAGGUGGGCUCCAGUCCUGUAGUACAGUAUAUAUGGAUUUGGAGUAGGGGGUCAGCUGUUUAAAUUGACUACCUGGAAUAUCAAUGGUCCUGUGAAGUGGGCUAGGAUAUUUUCUCAUCUUCAGAAUGUGAACACUGAAAUAGCUUUCUUACAAGAAACACAUCUGCGUACAGAAAAUCACUCUAGACUCCAUAUCCUCUGUAUCUUUCCCUCAGGGUGGGUCGUGAUGACGCCAGAAGUCGCCAGGACAUUGUGCUCAGCGGCCAUUUUAUCCAAGAUGAGCACUGCACCUUCAGUAGCACCACAGGCCCCGGGGGAGAAGGUGAGACUGAAUUGACCAAUUGUGGACGAACCAUGCUAGUUCUAUUAGUUAUAUUUCUAUGGGAGGAAUAAUCAGCAGAUUAUGCCUGAGUGCUCCAGAGGUUAUAGAGACUCUGUAGAGACUGGGUUAUAGGCUAUAGAUUAGGAUGAUGGGGUUAUAGACUAUAGAUUAGGAAGACUGCAUUAUAGACUAUAGAUUUGGAUGACUGGGUUAUAGGCUAUAGAUUAGGAUGAUGGGGUUAUAGACUAUAGAUUAGGAUGAUGGGGUUAUAGACUAUAGAUUAGGAAGACUGCAUUAUAGACUAUAGAUUUGGAUGACUGGGUUAUAGGCUAUAGAUUAGGAUGAUGGGGUUAUAGACUAUAGAUUAGGAAGACUGCGUUAUAGACUAUAGAUUUGGAUGACUGGGUUAUAGACUAUAGAUUAGGAUGACUGGGAUUAUAGACUAUAGAUUAGGAUGACUGGGAUAUAUACAAUACAUUAGGAAGACUGGGUUAUAGACUAUAGAUUAAUAUGACUGGGUUAUAGACUAUAGAUUAAUAUGACUGGGUUAUAGACUAUAGAUUAGGAUGACUGAGUUAUAGACAAUAGAUUAGGAAGACUGGGUUAUACAUUUACAUUUAAGUCAUUUAGCAGACGCUCUUAUCCAGAGCGACUUACAAAUUGGUGCAUUCAAUUUAGGAUAGCCAGUGGGACAACCACCACUGGGGGAGGGGGGGGUGUAGAAGGAUUACUGUUAUACUAUUCCAGGUAUUCCUUAAAGAGGUAGGUGUUCAAGUGUCUCCGGAAGGUGGUCAGUGACUCCGCUGUCCUGGCGUCGUGGGGGAGCUUGUUCCACCAUUGGGGUGCCAGAGCAGCGAAUAGCUUUGACUGGGCUGAGCGGGAACUGUGCUUCCGUAGAGGUAGGGGGGCUAGCAGGCCAGAGGUGGAUGAAUGUAGUGCCUUCGUUUGGGUGUAGGGUCUGAUCAGAGCCUGAAGGUAAGGAGGUGCCGUUCCCCUCACAGCUCCUUAGGCAAGCACCAUGGUUUUGUAGUAGAUGCGAGCUUCAACUAGAAGCCAGUGGAGUGUGCGGAGGAGCGGUGUCACGAUCGUCGGUAAGAGAGGAGGACCAAGGCGCAGCGUUGCAGGCAAACAUACUCUUUAUUUAGCGAUAUUACGACAACAUAAACAAAACGAUAACGUGACAGUUCACGGUCUAACACAAACCAACUAGAAACAAGAUCCCACAACUACUGUGGGAAAACAGCCUGUAUAAAUGUGGUUCCCAAUCAGAGACAACCAGCCACAGCUGACACUCGUUGCCUCUGAUUGAGAACCACACUGGCCAACAUAGAAAUGAAACACCUAGAACUACAACACAGAAAUCUACACACCCUGGCUCAACAUAACAGUGUCCCCAGAGCCAGGGCGUGACAGUACCCCCCCCCUAAAGGCGCGGACUCCGACCGCGCCAACCAAAUACCACAGGGGAGGGACCGGGUGGGCACUCCGCCUAGGCGGCGGAUCCGGCUCCGGGCCUGAUCCCCGCUCCCUCUCCAACCCCCCAAAGUAUCCCUGGUCCGGUCUGGCCCCGCUGGCCGGAGCUGGACUGCACACUGGUGGAGCGGAUUGCUCUAGCUCCGGCGUGAAGCAUCUGACCGGUGCCGGACCAGGCACCGGUGGAACAGGCACGGGACGUGCCGGACUGACGACGCACACCACUGGCUUGGUGUGGGGAACAGGCACGGGCCGUGCCGGGCUGACGACGCACACCACUGGCUUGGUGUGGGGAGCAGGAGCGGGCCGGACCGGGCUGGCGAUGCGCACCAUUGGCUUGGUGCGGGGAGCAGGAACGGGCCGGACCGGGCUGACGACGCACACCACUGGCUUGGUGUGGGGAACAGGCACGGGCCGUGCCGGGCUGACGACGCACACCACUGGCUUGGUGUGGGGAGCAGGAGCGGGCCGGACCGGGCUGGCUAUGCGCACCAUUGGCUUGGUGCGGGGAGCAGGAACGGGCCGGACCGGGCUGGCAACGCGCACCAUUGGCUUGGUGCGGGGAACAGGAACAGGACGGGCCGGGCUGGCGACGCGCACCAUUGGCCUGGUGCGGGGAGCAGGAACAGGACGGACCGUACUGGGGACACACACCACUGGCCCUACGCAGGGAUCUGGAACGGGCCGGACCGGACUGGUAACACACCGCAGUACCUCUCGCCGUGCCUCUACACCUUCCAUCCCCUCUUCGACCAGUGGCCCCUGUAACCUGGCGGCCUCCUCUGCCAACCCGCUGGGCCGCUCUGUCGCGGUCUCCUGCUGGCCCGUCGUCCACGGCGUUAGCCCCCCCCUAAAAAAUGUAUGGGCUUCACUCCUACCCGUGGACCAGGUCUCCAUACUUCUCGCCAGCCUUUCGCCCUUCUGCUUCCACGUCAAGCCCCUCUCUUCCUCACCCGGCUUGACCCAGUCGAGAAGGCGCUGGAUAUCCGCUAGGGAUUUCCCUGGCGAUGGCUCCUGGACCCGCUGCUUGGUCCAGUUCUGGUGGGAUCUUCUGUCACGAUCGUCGGUAAGAGAGGAGGACCAAGGCGCAGCGUUGCAGGCAAACAUACUCUUUAUUUAGCGAUAUUACGACAACAUAAACAAAACGAUAACGUGACAGUUCACGGUCUAACACAAACCAACUAGAAACAAGAUCCCACAACUACUGUGAGAAAACAGCCUGUAUAAAUGUGGUUCCCAAUCAGAGACAACCAGCCACAGCUGACACUCGUUGCCUCUGAUUGAGAACCACACUGGCCAACAUAGAAAUGAAACACCUAGAACUACAACACAGAAAUCUACACACCCUGGCUCAACAUAACAUUGUCCCCAGAGCCAGGGCGUGACAAGUGGGGUGACAUGAGAGAACUUGGGAAGGUUGAACACCAGACGGGCUGCAACAUUCUGGAUAAGUUGUAGGAGUUUAAUGGCGCAGGCAGGGAGCCCAGCCAACAGCGAGUUGCAGUAAUCCAGACGGGAGAUGACAAGUGCCUUGAUUAGGACCUGUGCCGCUUUCUGUGUAAGGCAGGGUCGUACUCUGCGAAUAUUGUAGAGCAUGAACCUGCUGGAUCGGGUCACCGCUUUGAUGUUAGAAAGAACGACAGGGUGUUGUCCAGGGUCAUGCCAAGGUUCUUUGAACUCUGGGAGGAGGACACAAUGGAGUUGUCAACCGUGAUGGCGAGAUCAUGGAGUGGGCAGUCCUUCCCCGGGAGGAAGAGCAGCUCCGUCUGAGUGAGCAGCGCCGGAGAUGCCCAUCUCGGAGAGGGUGGAGAGGAGGAUCUGAUGGUUCACAGUAUCAAAGGCAGCAGAUAGGUCUAGAAGGAUAAGAGCAGAGGAGAAAGAGUUAGCUUUAGAAGUGCGGAGAGCCUCCGUGACACAGAGAAGAGCAGUCUCAGUUGAAUGAACAGUCUUGAAACCUGACUGGUUUGGAUCAAGAAGGUCAUUCUGAGAGAGAUAGCAGGAGAGUUGGCUAGAGACGGCACGCUUAAGAGUUUUGGAGAGAAAAUAAAGAAUGGAUACUGGUCUGUAGUUGUUGGAGGGAUCGAGUGUAGGUUUUUUGAGGAGGGGUGCAACUCUCGCUCUCUUGAAGAUGGAAGGGACAUAGCCAGCGGUCAAGGAUGAGUUGAUGAGCGAGGUGAGGUAAGGGAGAAGGUCUCCGGAAAUGGUCUGGAGAAGAGAGGAGAGGAUUAGACUAUAGAUUAGGUGUAGACUUUAUUGUGAAAUGCUUACUUACAAGCCCUUCCCAACAAUGCAGAGUUGAAAAGAUGACUGGGUAUAGACUAUAGAUUAGGAUGACUGGGUUAUAGACUGUAGAUUACGAAGACUGCGUUAUAGACUAAAGAUUAGGAUGACUGGAUGAUAGACUAUAGAUUAGGAUGACUGGAUGAUAGACUAUAGAUUAGCAUGACUGGGUUAUAGACUAUAGAUGAGGAAGACUGGGUUAUAGACUAUAGAUUAGGAUGACUGGGUUAUAGACUAUAGAUUAGGAUGACUGGGUUAUAGACAAUAGAUUAGGAUGACUGGGUUAUAGACUGUAGAUUAGGAUGACUGGGUUAUAGACUAUAGAUUAGGAUGACUGGGUUAUAGACUAUAGAUUAGGAUGACUGGGUUCUAGAAUAUAGAGACAUGGACUAGUGAGGUUCUAGACUAUAGAGACGUGGACUAGUGAGGUUCUAGACUAUAGAGACGUGGACUAGUGAGGUUCUAGACUAUAGAGACAUGGACUAGUGAGGUUCUAGACUAUGGAGACGUGGACUAGUGAGGUUCUAGACUAUAGAGACGUGGACUAGUGAGGUUAUAGACUAUAGGUAUAGUAGUAUAAUCACAGCAGAAGCAGACAGUAGCUAGCCAACCAGUUGCCUUUUACCCACUUGCCUUUUCCUAUCCAGGCUUUGUAGAUCACAGCUCGUUGAGGGCAAAACAAUUAUCCAUUCAGUACAUGUAGCGUAGGAAAGGGAGCCACUGUAGAACGGCCAAAUGUUCACCAUCCCCGGUGGUUCUUGUCUGUUGAUGAUGAUGACACAGGGAACGUCAUCCUGGAGCCCUGCGAGGGGGCGGAGAUCUACGUUAACGGGAAACUGGUGACCACGCCUACUCUGCUUCGCUCAGGUAAGUCUUGACUCCUCAGCGUCUUCCACUGAGCGUGCAAAACAUAUAUAGCACACACGUAAAACAUACUGAAAAACCCUAUAAGGAUUUUAUUUAUAAAUGUUUUAUUUGUUUUGGCAUGAACCUGCUUCCAUAUACAACAUCUACAAAUACACAAAGAAUCAUCCCAGGUGAUUCACACGUGAACACUCCAGGGUUAGAAAAACAUCAAUAGGUUAAAAUGUAUGAAAUGACUGAGGCGUGAUGCGGUUGACCUCUGAUUGACCUUUGACUCCUGACCCCAGGGAACCGCAUUAUCAUGGGGAAGAGCCAUGUGUUUCGCUUCAAUGACCCGGAGCAGGCGCGGCAGGAGCGGGAGAGGACCCCCUGUGCUGAGACCCCCGUGGAGCCUGUGGACUGGGCCUUCGCCCAGAGAGAGCUGCUGGAGAAACAGGGCAUCGACAUGAAGCAAGAGAUGGAGUCAAGGUACAAUAAUCGAUGGACUACCUUUGGCAAAGCACCAGCUGUAAUGAACUUUUAUAUAGUAUGACUUUGUUAAAACUGAUUUGUGCCAAUUUUGUCUCCAGGCUUCAAGAGUUAGAAGAUCAAUACCGCCGAGAACGAGAGGAGGCCAGUAACCUUCUGGAACAACAGCGACUGGUAAGACAGGCCACUAAGAGAUACCCCUUUAAAAGUGUUGUUUUUAUAAAUAUAUAGGAGAUAUAUGGGCGAUAUAUGGGCUUCUGUCAUGUGAUUUGAUGUGUCUGUACCGCGGUCUCUCCUAGGACUAUGAGAGUAAACUGGAGGCCCUGCAGAAACAGGUGGACAGAAACUCCCGUUGCCUGGAGUCCCCAGAGGAAGAGGAGGAGCCUGAGGAGGAAGGUGAGACAGUGAUCCACCUUUUCUUCACAUUUUUACAAUAAUUUUGAAAUAAGAUGCCCGUUGCUGAGGCCAGACAAUGGAGCAUUUUUAGAAUGAUGGAAUGUUUGAAGUUUUUCCCAUAGUUCCGUGGACCAAGUGUGAGACGGAGCUUGCACUGUGGGCAUUCCGUAAGUGGCGUUUCUACCAGUUCACCUCCCUCAGGGACCUGCUGUGGGGCAACGCCAUCUUCCUCAAGGAAGCCAACGCCAUCAGUGUGGAGCUCAAGAAGAAGGUACACUGUCAUUAUAUACAGUGAGCUCCAAAAGUAUUGGGACAGUGACAAAUCUUUUGUUGUUGUUGUUUUGGCUCUGUACUCCAGCACUUUGGAUUUGAAAUGAUACAAUGACUAUGAGGUUAAACAGCAUUUUUUAGGGUAUUUUCAUCCAAAUUGGGUGAACCAUUUAGAAAUUACAGCACUUUUUGUACAUAGUCCACCCAUUUUAGGGGACCAAAAGUAUUGGAACAAAUUCACUUAUAUGUGUAUUAAAGUAGUCAAAAGUUUAGUAUUUGGUCCCAUAUUCCAUAGCACGCAAUGAUUACAUCAAGCUUGUGACUCUACAAACUUGUUAGAUGCAUUUGUUUGUUUUAGUUGUGUUUCAUAUUAUUGUGCUCAAUAGAAAUGAAUUGUAAUUAAUUAUAUUCCUAUUUACAAUAAAAGUGACUCCAUAAUGACACAACACAUUAUUUACCAUUAAUUUCUAUUGGGCACAAAGUAUCAUUUCAAAUCCAAAGUACAGAGCCAAAAAAACAAAAAAUGCAUCACUGUCCCAAUACUUUUGGAGCUCAUUGUACAUUAUAUCUAUAAAGUAGAACAAAGAUUCCACGUAGAAACUGUAAGAUAUCAGUCAAAUGAUACUGCGUUGUUAAUCAGUUCAGUCAAUCUACCAAAUGAGUGUGCAUAGAAUUAGACUGUUACUAUUCUUAGUACAAAAAAAUAGGAAAAUGUAUGUACUCACUGCUGUAAGUCACUCUCGAUAAGAGAGUGUGCUAAAUUACUAAAGUAUAAAAAUGUUAAAUGGAAACUGUAAAUCCAUUCAAUGAGUCAGCAAAGACUGGUAUUGAAAAAAAAUAUCCUUGCGUUGUCAUUGAACCUUUACAAUUGUGAAUCGGUUCGUUGAGUCAGUGAAAUUAGAUUUAAAUUGACAACAACAUUCUACAACAAAACUAAUUUGUUGCUAACGUGCUAAAAUGUAAAAAUGAUCCUCUCUCUCCUUUGCAGGUCCAGUUCCAGUUUGUGCUGCUGACCGACACACUGUACUCCCCACUGCCCCCGGACCUGCUGCCUCCCAGCGUGGCCAAGGAGAGGGAGAGACGGCCCUUCCCCCGCACCAUCGUAGCAGUGGAGGUCCAGGACCAGAAGAACGGGGCCACACACUACUGGACCCUGGAGAAACUCAGGUAUGUGUGGGGGGAUCGUGGGAGUUUGUACAGGUUUAUUUUAAACGUAGCUCAGGUAUGUAGGACUAUAUGGGUUUACGUUACCCAGCAUCUACUUUACUGUGUCUGUUGCUUUGACGUAAUUAGUGCUGACUGUGUGUUGACUGUUCUGCCCCCUGUAGACAGAGGCUGGACCUGAUGAGGGAGAUGUACGACCGUGCGGCGGAGGUGCCCAGCAGCACCGUGGAGGACUGUGACCAGGCCCUGACCGGGGGAGACCCAUUCUAUGACCGCUUCCCAUGGUUCCGUCUGGUGGGCAGGUCAGUCAUGGACCCAGUCCCUGUUCUUUUCAAAUGUAUCCGUCUUUCCCUUCCUUCCUUGAGGUAAUCACUAAGCAGCCAGUGUUUUCAUUAUGAGAGCAAAAGGAUGGAAACAGAUCCAAUAGGAUACAGAUACGGAGGGGAGGAUACACAUGAAAAAUAUUUGAACAGGGCCCCACUAGAGACCACCUCAAGAUUCUACGACGCUCUGAAAUGAUUGCCCUGUGUCUGUUCCUGCUCCUCCUCUCUAUCUCUCCCGCUCUCCUUCUCUGUCCCCGUCCACAGGGCGUUUGUGUACCUGAGUAACCUGCUGUACCCCGUGCCCCUGGUGCACCGUGUGGCCAUCGUCAGUGAGAAGGGAGAGGUGAAGGGCUUCCUUAGGGUGGCAGUGCAGGCCAUCUCAGGUACUGAGAGUUGACUCUUGUAGUGUGACUGAGACCGACUAAGACAUAGUGAUCCAGCAGCUAUUACAGUUUGUUUAUGGAUGCUUCUAGUGUUUGUUGAGUGUUUGGAGUCGUAACCAACCAGCUGUCUUCUCUCCCCAGCUGAUGAAGAAGCCCCUGACUAUGGCUCUGGUGUCAGACAGUCAGGAACUGCCAAGAUCUCCUUUGAGGACCAACAGUUUGAGAAGGUAGAAUCAGUAAGAAAUUAUAUAAAAACUUGAGUAUUUGCCAAGCCACUGUCUGCAUGCUGUAUCUAAAACAAUGCAGUGUCAUUAUCUAAAAGGGUUCUAAUAUAUAUAAUAUCAAGUGUUUGUCUGGUCAGUUCCAGACAGAGUCGUGUUCUGGCGGCAUGUCCCACUCUAACACCUCCCAAGAGGAGCUCCGCUUUGUUGAGGGGGAGGGACAGACCUCUGACAUAGGAGCUGACCCUGAUGAGGUCAACAACAACACCUGUGCUGGUGAGGGCAUCUUCGUCAUCAUCUUCAUCAUCAUCACACCUGAUUUCUCUAUAAUAUAAUGUGUUAUGUAAGUUCUGUUGGUAUUGCAAGUGUGGUCUCAAAGUUAGGCCCCACUUUCUACUAUAAAUAGAUAUUCAAUGGUGUACAAUGGCAGCGCCCACAGUACAAAUCAUUGAGGAUGACAAACAAAGUCAAGGACUUAUUCCCAUUGUGGUCCACAGAUAUUAACCGCACAAAUAUGUUUAGAGAAGACAUACAGUGGGGAGAACAAGUAUUUGAUACACAAGUAUUUGAUACACUGCUGAUUUUCAAAAAUCCAGAAAAUCACAUUGUAUGAUUUGUAAGUAAUUAAUUUGCAUUUGUAUUUGAUCACCUACCAACCAGUAACAAUUCCGGCUCUCACAGACCUAUUAGUUUUUCUUUAAGAAGCCCUCCUGUUCUCCACUCAUAACCUGUAUUAACUGCACCUGUUUGAACUCGUUACCUGUACCUCGGUCUGGGGCUCCAUGCAAGAUCUCACCUCGUGGGGCAUCAAUGAUCAUGAGGAAGGUGAGGGAUCAGCCCAGAACUACACGGCAGGACCUGGUCAAUGACCUGAAGAGAGCUGGGACCACAGUCUCAAAGAAAACCAUUAGUAACACACUACGCCGUCAUGAAUUAAAAUCCUGCAGCGCACACAAGGUCCCACUGCCAGCGCAUGUCCAGGCACGUCUGAAGUUUGCCAAUGACCAUCUGGAUGAUCCAGAUGAGGAAUGGGAGAAGAUCAUGUGGUCUGAUGAGACAAAAAUAGAGCUUUUUGGUCUAAACUCCACUCGCCGUGUUUGGAGGAAGAAGAAGGAUGAGUACAACCCAAAGAACACCAUCCCAACUGUGAAGCAUGGAGGUGGAAACAUCAUUCUUUGGGGAUGCUUUUCUGAAAAGGGGACAGGACGACUGCACCGUAUUGAGGGGAGGAUGGAUGGGGCCAUGUAUCGCGAGAUCUUAGCCAACAACCUCCUUCCCUCAGUAAGAGCAUUGAAGAUGGGUCGUGGCUGGGUCUUCCAGCAUGACAACGACCCGAAACACACAGCCAGGGCAACUAAGGAGUGGCUCCGUAAGAAGCAUCUCUCAAGGUCCUGGAGUGGCCUAGCCAGUCUCCAGACCUGAACCCAAUAGAAAAUCUUUGGAGGGAGCUGAAAGUCCGUAUUGCCCAGCGACAGCCCCGAAACCUGAAGGAUCUGGAGAAGGUCUGUAUGGAGGAGUGGGCCAAAAUCCCUGCUGCAGUGUGUGCAAACCUGGUCAAGACCUACAGGAAACGUAUGAUCUCUGUAAUUGCAAACAAAGGUUUCUGUACCAAAUAUUAAGUUCUGCUUUUCUGAUGUAUCAAAUACUUAUGUCAUGCAAUAAAAUGCAAAUUAAUUACUUAAAAAUCAUACAAUGUGAUUUUCUGGAUUUUUGUUUUAGAUUCCGUCUCUCACAGUUGAAGUGUACCUAUGAUAAAAAUUACAGACAAUCUACAUGCUUUGUAGGUAGGAAAACCUGCAAAAUCGGCAGUGUAUCAAAUACUUGUUCUCCCCACUGUAUUUAUGUACGCCUAUCUAGGGUGCAAUGCAUCGGAUAAUUGUUUAUUCAAUGUGUCGAUGUGUUUCGUAUCGGUCCCUAUCCAAAUAAACCAUAAUAUGAAAAUGAAAUGUAAACUGAAAGGUCGACAUGUACUCACUAUGACCACAGACUUGUCCCCCGUCACAGCCACUCCGGAGGCCCCUCAGAGCCCGUUGAAGGGGGUUCUGGGUCUGGAACUACCUCUGGAGCUGAACCAGGAGAAGGGCCUGUCCCACCUCCGCAUCGGAUCCACCUUCACCUUCAGGGUCACCGUGCUGCAGGCCUCCAGCAUCUCCGCCGAAUAUGCCGAUAUCUUUUGCCAGUUCAAGUGAGUGCCUCCCACCCAGCUUUUUGAUGUAUUUUAUACUUUAUUUGACCAGGAAGUGUUUUGAGGUUUAGGUUAAAUGUUUUUGAGAGAGACUUGACAAGAUGUCAGUGAGGAAAAGCAUUUGGAAUGAUGAUGAUGACAAGAUGUUGCAUAUGGGGGCAUUUGUUUCUAAAAUCUCCUCUUAGGAACAACUGCAAGUGUCUAUGGUUCAAGUACUUUAACUCAGGCAGUCCUCAUAUUCUAACUGUCUCAUAGCUCAUUGCUAUGACGACGCCGUGCCAUUCAGGAAUUUUCACUUCUCUCUAUCCAGAAACCACCCCAUCCUCUCUUGAUUUAAACAAAAAUCUUAUGGUUAAUGUUAUUCCUAAGGAUUUGUGUUUUAUUAUUAUUUAUUAUUCGUAAGGGUUUGUGUUAUUCGUAAGGGUUAGUGUUAUUCCUAACGGUUAGGGAUAUUCCCAAGGGUUAGUGUUAUUCCUAAGGGUUAGUGAUAUUCCCAAGGGUUAGUGAUAUUCCCAAGGGUUAGUGUUAUUCCUAAGGGUUAGUGUUAUUCCUAUGGCAGACUCGUCUGAUGGUGAAAGACAAGUGUCCACCAAAUGUGAUCAUAAUCAGUGCAGCAUAUUGCAAGUAGUAAAUAGUAUAUACUGAGUGUACAAAACAUUAGGAACGCUUUCCUAAUAUUGAGUUGCACCCGCUUUUGCCCUCAGAACAGCCUCAAUUCGUUGGGGCAUGGACUCGGGAAACUGUUGAGUGUGAAAAACCCAGCAGUGUUGCAGUUCUUGACACAAACCGGUGCGCCUGGCACCUACUACCAUACCCCGUUCAAAGGCACUUAAAUAUUUUGUCUUGCCCAUUUACCCUCUGAAUGUCUCAGUUGUCUCAAGGCUUAAAAAUCCUUCUUUAACCUGUCUCCUCCCCUUCAUCUACACUGAUGGAAGUGGAUUUAACAAGUGACAUCAAUAAGGGAUCAUAGUUUUCACCUGGUCAGUCUAUGUCAUGGAAAUAUGUUUUGUACACUCAGUGUAUAUUAGUGUUACAGUGCAGUAGUAUAAUGUAUAUGGUUUUGUAUACACUCAAUGUACAUGAUUACUGAAUAUUUAAUAUUGAUUGAAUGUGUUUUCCUACUUACAGCUUCAUCCACCGACAUGACGAGGCGUUCUCCACUGAGCCACUGAAGAACACUGGCAGAGGUCCUCCUCUGGGAUUCUACCAUGUACAGAAUGUAAGUACUGACCAUAAACGAUAUAUUCUUAUUCAUUACAACUAAUAGGUGACUACAAGUGUUAUUUCUAUGAUAUUACCAUGAAUUAAUCAUGAAUUUGUAUUUCCUUGUAUCAUCCAUUGUUAUACGCCUUAUUGAGUGAUGGCUAACCUCGCUUUUGAUUUGUCUAUUAGAUCACAGUGGAGGUCACCAAGUCGUUUGUGGAGUACAUCAAGACCCAGCCCAUCGUCUUUGAGGUGUUUGGCCACUACCAGAAACAGCCGUUCCCACCCCUCUGCAAAGACCUCAUCAGGUGAUAGAACUGUACUUGCUCUCUUCUUCUUCAAAUUGUCCUGUUUCACUGUCUUGCUAAAACAGUCCAUUUUAAAAGUUCACACUUUUUUCCCAGUCCCCUUCGACCUUCUAGGAGGCAAUUCCCGAGGGUCAUGCCCUUGUCUAAACCAGGUGAGGGGUCAAACGUGGCUUUGUGUUCUUCUCUUUAUCUUAGCAAAGUAUUUUGUCACAGUGCCAGAACGUUAACCAGAACAGAUUCAUUCAUUCCUUCUCUUUCACAGUGCCGGCCACCAAGCUAAACACCUUGACCCGCUCCACGGCUGGCCCAUGUCACUCCAAAUAUGACCUCAUGGCCUUCUUUGAGAUCUGUGAGCUGGAGGCCAAUGGAGAGUGAGCAACCUUACAUCUGUUUCCUUACUUCCCCAUUCAUAUCAAGGAAUCAAAUGGACACAACAAUCAUAAUCCACUCAUAUAGUUUGUAAAUGUGUUCUGUGUCUGUCCUCAGCUACAUCCCUUCAGUGGUGGACCACAAAGGUGGCAUGCCUUGCCAUGGAACCUUCCUCCUUCACCAGGUAAAGAAUUGCAACUUUUUCAGAGGGGAGUUGAUUUGAAUCUAUUUCUCAGUUGUUCAAAGUCCAGUGUUGAUUUCCUGUCUGCUGGCCUGUCCACAGGGCAUCCAGAGGAGGAUCACAGUUACCGUAGCGCACGAGACAGGAAAUUACGUAGAGUGGAAGGAGGUCAAGGAGCUGGUGGUGGGUGAGUACGGAUGGAAGAAUGCUUUAUUAGGAGACAACAGAGCGUAAUGACAAUAAAGAUCCACUAGCUCCAUCUUUACAGUACAUCAAUAAAUCAAUCAAAUAUAUUUAUAGAGCCCUGUUUACAUCAGCAGAUGUCACAAAGUGCUUAUACAGAAACCCAGCCUAAAACCCCAGAGAGCAAGCAAUGCAGAUGUAGAAGCACGGUGGCUAGGAAACACUCCCUAGAAAGGCAGGAACCUAUGGAGGAACCUAGAGAGGAACCAGGCUCUGAGGGGUGGCCUGUCCUCUUCUGGCUGUGUCGGGUGGAUCAUAAAGAUCCAUCUCUGACUUUUGACCUUUGACCUCUCUCAGGGCGUAUCCGGAACACUCCGGAGGCUGACGAGACCAUCAUUGACCCAAACAUCCUCUCCCUCAACAUCUUGUCUGCAGGCUACGUCUGGCCCUCGUAUGACGACAAGUACGUACGCUUUCCCCUUUCUCUGCUUUUACUGUACACACUGUACAUACUGUAGUUAUGUAUCAAUGGCCUUAGCUUGUUUCUCUCUUUCACAACAGCACUGAAUAUGAUUUUCCUUAAUGUGAUGCUGCAGUAUGUCUAUUUUUCUCUCUUUCUGUUGUUGUAUAUUAGCACUGUGUAUUGUUGUCACGUUGCUACUGUGAAAUCCACAGCCAAGCUGCUUGUUUAACCCGCUCCCCCUUCUCUCUUUGUGCUUCGCUGUAUUGCAGUGUUUCCCUGGGAGUUGACCAUAGGUAUAACACACAACCUUUUCCCUUCUCUCCUCUCAACUCUGUUUCUUUCUUUUUUUUUUCUUUUUUUUUUUGAACAUUUUUCUGCUGUUUUUUUAAUCCCACGUGUUCAUUUGACUUGACGCUAAACAGUGAAUUAAAAAGCUGUUGUUUCUGUCCAUGUAUAGAGUUUGUUUCACUACCCCUUGUCUUUUGAGGGGCUUGCGCAACUGAAUACUAUUUCCUCCUGAUAUUGCCUGAUCUAUGACGAUGAAGGAAAGUCAUACUACAUGUUUCCAUUCAUUCACCAUUGACAAAUUGAAAACGACAUCUAUAUACCAGUGGAGGCUGCUGAGGGGAGGACGGCUCAUAAUAAUGGCUGGAACGGAGCAAAUGGAAUGGCAUCAAACGCACAGAAACCAUGUGUUUGAUGUUGUUGAUACCUUUCCACUAAUUCCGCUCCAGACAUUACCACGUGCCCGUCCUCCCCAAUUAAGGUACCACCAGCCUCCUGUGCUAUACACAAAAAACACUCACUUUUGCCCUUACGUUUACCUACAGGACGUUUUACCGAUUUGAGGCAGCGUGGGACAGCUCCAUGCACAACUCCCUCCUUCUGAACCGCGUCACUCCCUAUGGAGAGAAGAUCUACAUCACCCUCUCAGCUUACCUAGAGGUAAACAUUUCCCUCGCUGCAACCCCAAAACAUCACCCAGGUUGGCUCUCUAUAUUGACGGGGAAAGUUAGCCUGUACAGUACAAUGUAAAGGGCUGUGAGUUUAGUGCUGGUUCUGAUCCAUUCCUUUCAGAUGGAGAACUGCACCCAGCCGACGGUGAUCACCAAAGACUUCUGUAUGGUGUUCUACUCCCGUGACGCCAAGCUCCCCGCCUCUCGAUCCAUUAGGAACCUCUUCAGUACCGGCUGCCUCAGGCCCUCGGAGAGGUAGCUAGGCCCGUUGAAAUAGAAUUAGAACAUAUUAUUCUAGGUUAUAUACACUACCAGUCAAAAGUUUGGACACACCUACUCAUUCAAGGGUUUUUCUUGAUUUUUACUAUUUUCUACAUUGUAGAAUAAUCAAAAUAAUGAAAUAACACAUAUGGAAUCAUGUAGUAACCAAAGAAGUGUUAAACAAAUCAAAAUAUAUUUUAUAUUUGAGAUUCUUCAAAGUAGCCACCCUUUGCCUUGAUGACAGCUUUGCACACUCUUGGCAUUCUCUCAACCAGCUUCAUGAGGUAGUCACCUGGAAUGCAUUUCAAUUAACAGGUGUGCUUUGUUAAAAGUUAAUUUGUGGAAUUUCUUUCCUUCUUAAUGCGUUUGAGCCAAUCAGUUGUGUUGUGACAAGGUAGGGGUGGUAUACAGAAGAUAGACCUAUUUGGUAAAAGACCCAGUCAAUAUUAUGGCAAGAACAGCUCAAAUAAGCAAAGAGAAACGACAGUCCAUCAUUACUUUAAGACAUGAAGGUCAGUCAAUAUGGAAAAUGUCAAGUUUCUUCAAGUGCAGUCGCAAAAACCAUCAAGCACUAUGAUGAAACUGGCUCUCAUGAGAACCGCCACAGGAAAGGAAGACCCAGAGUUACCUCUGCUGCAGAGGAUACGUUCAUUAGAGUUACCAGCCUCAGAAAUUGAAGCCCAAAUAGAUGCUUCACAGAGCUAAAGUAAAAGACACAUCUCAACAUCAACUGUUCAGAGGAGACUGUGUGAAUCAGGCCUUCAUGGUCAAAUUGCUGCAAAGAAACCUCUACUAAAGGACACCAAUAAGAAAAAGAGACUUGCUUUGGCCAAGAAACAUGAGCAAUGGACAUUAGACCAGUGGAAAUCUGUCCUUUGGUCUGAUGAGUCCAAAUUUGAGAUUUUUGGUUCCAACUGUGUCUUUGUGAGACUCAGAGUAGGUGAACGGAUGAUCUCCGCAUGUGUGGUUCCCACCGUGAAGCAUGGAGGAGGAGGUGUGAUGGUGUGGGGGUGCUUUGCUGGUGAUUUAUUUAGAAUUCAAGGCAUACUAAACCAGCAUGGCUACCACAGCUUUCUGCAGCGAUACGCCAUCCCAUCUGGUUUGCGCUUAGUGGGACUAUAAUUUGUUUUUCAACAGGACAAUGACCCAACACACCUCCAGGCUGUGUAAGGGCUUUUUGACCAAGAUGGAGUGCUGCAUCAGAUGACCUGUCCUCCACAAUCACCCGACCUCAACCCAAUUGAGAUGGUUUGGGAUGAGUUGCACCGCAGAGUGAAGGAAAAGCAGCCAACAAGUGCUCAGCAUAUGUGGGAACUCCUUCAAGACUGUUGGAAAAGCAUUCCUGGUGAAGCUGGUUGAGGGAAUGCCAAGAGUGUGCAAAGCUGUCAUCAAGGCAAAGGGUGGCUACUUUUUUGGUUAAUACAUGAUUCCAUAUGUGUUAUUUCAUAGUUUUGAUGUCUUCACUAUUAUUCUACAAUGUAGAAAAUAGUACAAAUAAAGAAAAACCCUUGAAUGAGUAGGUGUCCAAACUUUUGACUGGUACUGUAUAUAUCUCACUGUGGGUAGGCCCAGCCUCAAGCCAUCUCUGUGGAAUCUGACAGUACUUACUCUGUUCUCUCUUCUCUUCCUCAGUAACCGCGUCACUGGAGUGUAUGAAGUCAGUCUCUGCCAUGUCGCUGAUGCCGGAAGUCCAGGUAGAGUAAAGGAAUGGCAGAAUGCUUCGCUGUAAACACGAUUAUAAACUGGAUGGUUCCAGCCCUGAAUGCAGAUUGGCGGACAGCCGUGGUAUAUACCACGGGUAUGACAAAACAUGUAUUUUUACUGCUCUAAUUAGGUUGGUAACCAGUUUAUAAUAGCAAUAAGGCACCUCGGGGCUUUGUGGUAUAUGGCCAAUAUACCACGGCUAAGGGCUGUAUCCAGGCACUCCGCGUUGCGUCGUGCUCAAGAACAGCCCUUAGCCGUGGUAUGUUGGCCAUAUACCAGACCCCCUAGUGCCUUAUUGCUUAAUUCUACACAAGCAUCUGGGCUGCAUGUCAUCCAACUUGUGUGUGCAACUGUCAAUUUAACAAUUCAGUCACUCUAUAUCUGGAGAUACAUCUGGCAGUAUAUAGAUGUAGUUGUGUUUUUCCAGAGCUAUAUAUUUGACAUUGUGUGCUGUCUUUUUACCCUCAGGCAUGCAGCGGCGGCGCAGGCGCGUCUUGGACACCUCAGUGGCGUACGUCCGUGGAGAGGAGAACCUGGCUGGGUGGAGGCCCCGUAGCGACAGCCUCAUCCUGGACCACCAAUGGGAGCUGGAGAAACUCAGCCUUCUGCAGGAGGUGAGGCCUGGGAUUGGUAGGAUCUUUAGGGUGGGUGGGGCUAGAAUCCAGAGGGGUGGAGUCAAGUGUGAUAAUUAGUUGAAUGAAUGAAUGAAUGAAUGAAAUAAAUAAACAGCCAUUGAAAUGUGGUCUGAAUAAUAAAUAAUCAAUUAUGGUUUCCAAUCAUAAACAGUAGCUGUUUUCACAAUAGUAUUGUGUGGUGGUACUACUCACCAAUGAGUCUCUCACCUGGAUGAUGGACAGUGGCCAUUUUGUGCCAGAGACUCAGCGGUUUCUCUGUGUGUGUCUCUACAGGUAGAGAAGACCAGGCACUACCUGCUGCUGCGGGAGAAACUAGAGGCCUCCCUGGCCGCGGGGCAGGACGCGCUCUGCAAGAGUGGCGACAUCAGCGACUUUGCCAAGAGCCCCAUCCUCAGCUACAUCCCCGGGGGCAGUCCCGCCCUGGAGAGCCCCAGCCAGAGGCAAAGGGAGCUGGCUGCCAAGGUGACUACAAGUCCCUGGCUUCUAUUAGGAACCAGGCCCGGCCUACCUUGGAGCUCCUAAUACAACACGUGCUUGCUAGGCCACUUUCUGGUUCUCUCUCGUUUUUGGACUUUUAAUGGUUUUUAUUAUGAGUAAUAAUAAUCUAUUUUUCUGCUCCUCCUCCUCUCCUCCUGUGGUCUCAGUGUCUGCGGCUGCUCAUGCACACCUUCAACAGGGAGUACAGCCAGGUGAGCAGCAGUGCCAGUGAGAGCAAGGUGAGCCCCAGCCCCAAGGCCCUUUAACCCCCUCUAUAACCCACUUACAGUACACCGUGCAGGAUACUUUUACCCAACCAGCCCCUAGCCCAAAGCACUUUGUAUCCCAUCAAAACGUACAUCUUCAUCCUUUCCCCUCCUGAUCCCCUGUCUCUUUCACACACGCAGCCUUUCUGAUCAUUUAGUUCUUGGUUAAACAAAGAACUAAACUCUUAACAAAUAACUGAAUUCUAACAAGGAAAUACAUUCUAACGAAGAACUUAACCUUAAAACGAAAUAACUACCUGAUUCACUUCACUCUGUUAAUUAAUUAAUUAAUAUUCAGUUGCUCAUCAUCACUCGUAAACCCCAUCCCCUGAGGGUGUAAACCCAAUCCCCGGAGGGCGUAAACCCCAUCCCCUGAGGGCGUAAACCCCAUCCCCUGAGGGCGUAAACCCCAUCCCCUGAGGGUGUAAAGAUAAUCCCCUGAGGGUGUAAACCCAAUCCCCUGAGGGCGUAAACCCAAUCCCCUGAGGGCUUAAACCCCAUCCCCUGAGGGCGUAAACCCCAUCCCCUGAGGGAGUAAACCCCAUCCCCUGAGGGCGUAAACCCCAUCCCCUGAGGGUGUAAACCCAAUCCCCUGAGGGCGUAAACCCCAUCCCCUGAGGGCGUAAACCCCAUCCCCUGAGGGCGUAAACCCCAUCCCCUGAGGGCGUAAACCCCAUCCCCUGAGGGCGUAAAGAUAAUCCCCUGAGGGUGUAAACCCAAUCCCCUGAGGGAGUAAACCCAAUCCCCUGAGGGAGUAAACCCCAUCCCCUGAGGGCGUAAACCCCUUCCCCUGAGGGCGUAAACCCCAUCCCCUGAGGGUGUAAACCCAAUCCCCUGAGGGAGUAAACCCAAUCCCCUGAGGGAGUAAACCCAAUCCCCUGAGGGAGUAAACCCCAUCCCCUGAGGGCGUAAACCCCAUCCCCUGAGGGCGUAAACCCCAUCCCCUGAGGGCGUAAACCCCAUCCCCUGAGGGCGUAAACCCCAUCCCCUGAGGGCGUAAACCCCAUCCCCUGAGGGCGUAAACCCCAUCCCCUGAGGGCAUAUACCCAAUCGGCUGAGGGUGUAAACCCCACCCCCCUCUCCUCCCACCCACCUCUCCUCCCACCCACCUCUCCUCCCACCCACCUUUCCUCCCACCCCCCCUCCUCCUACCCCCCUCUCCUCCCACCCCCCUCUCCUCCCACCCCCCUCUCCUCCUACUACCCCCCUCUCCUCCCUCCCACCUCUCCUCCCACCCACCUCUCAGAGAAUGGCAGGCUUCUUUGUACCUACUACAGCAUGUUGUCUCUAACAUGUUUAACCAAAGCCUGGGGCUGAAACACAUGUCCUCUCAUGAACUCAUCGUAUUGCUUGAUGAGUAUCAGAUUAUGUCAUAGACCUUGCUGACCCUCCAAAUGCAAUACAUGGGAACUGUUGAUGUAUGUAUAAUGGUGUCAAUGUAUGUGCGUGUUUGUGUGUGCUUAUUUUGUGUGUGUCUGUGUGAUUAUCUGUAUGCGUUGUGUGCUUGUGUGUACGUGUUUCAGCUGUCUGAGAUGUCAGCGUCGCUGAUGUCACCGACCUCUUCUGGUCUGAGCACGCUAACUCCGUCCUCUACUUGCCCCUCAUUGGUGGAGGGACAUUAUGACAUCAGGUAUAUGUCCUUUCACCUUUCAACUGUCACCCCUCACUCCCAUUUUAUUCACCCCAGACCUGCUGCUAGACAAGUAGUAUAUAUGCAAAUUCAUUCAUUCUCUUUGUAGAAAGAGCUUUGUUAAAAGGGCAUUGAUAGAACAUUGAGAAAGCACAGAGAAUGUUUUGAGAACGUUGAGAGAACAUUGAUGGAACGUUGUCCCUGGUCUGCAGACACAUUGAGCCCAGCUCUGGAGCUUCAACCCCAGACCUGGACCCCUUUAGCCCUGUAGAUAGGAAGAGGACCCUGGGUAGAGGCUGCACUUUCGUCCCUGACAUCCAGGAGAUCCGCGUCAGGUGAGACCAGACCACUCUGGGGCUUAGAGAUUUAAACUAGGGCUAGACUACUGUACAGGAUUCCAUAGAGGUCAGAUGAGUCAUAGUUUGAUAUUGGGGUGAAUGAUGAUAUACACUGCUGCUUGAAAGUAUGUGAACCCUACAGGGCAGGUCAUUAUUUUGCUAUAAAAUAUUAAAAUAAACAUAAAAUCCUUAUCUAAACACCAAUUCUUAAUAAAGACAUUCCAGGUAAAUGACAGAAAUAAAAAAUAUAUAUUUUCAUUGUUUAUUUAACAAAAGUGGUUUAUUUAACAGAAACUCAGAUUUGAUGUGUGUAAACAUAUGUGAACCCCUUCAGUCAAUAGCUUGUGGCACAUCCAUUAGCAGCGAUAACUUGGACUAAACGUCUCCUAUAGCCAGUAAUCAGUCUCUGACAUCUGUCCUCUUUACAGAACUCAGCCAAUUGAGUGAGGUUUGAGGGGUGUCUGGCAUGAACUGCCCGCUUCAGGUCCUGCCACAGCAUCUCGAUUGGAUUUAGGUCAGGACUUUGACUUGGCCAAUCCAAAACACAAAUCUUCUUUCUCCUGAGCCAUUCUUUGGUAGAUUUGCUUGAAUGCUUUGGGUCGUUAUCUUGUUGGAAGACCCAUUUUCGGCCCAGCUUUAGUUCCUUGACUGAUGGCCUAAAGUUCAAGAAUCUCCUGGUAUACCUCAGAAUUCAUGGUUCCCUUAAUGAUGUGGAGUCGUCCAGGUCCAAAGGAGGAAAAGCAGCCCCAGAUCUUGACAUUCCCACCACAAUGCUUGACUGUUGGUAUAAGGUUAUUUUGGUGGUAGGCAGCGUUGGGUUUUCACCAAACAUAGCGGUGUUGAUUGUGACCAAAAAGGUCAAUUUUGGACUCAUCGGUCCAAUGAAUGGACUUCCAUUAACCUUCAGGUUUGUCCAGGUGGUCUCUGGCAAAGUUAAGACGGGCAGUUUGGUUCUUUUUUGACAGCAGAGGCUUCUUCCUAGCAACCCUCCCAUGAAUGGCAUUUCGAUUCAGUGUUCUUUUUAUUGUUGAAGCAUGCACAGUUACCUGAGAUGCAGCAAGGGAGGAAUGCAAAUCUCUAGAUGUUAUGUUUGGGUUGGCUUUUACCUGAUUUAUUAUUGUUCUUGUGGCUCUUGGGGAUAUUUUGGAAGGGUGUCCACUUCUAGGCCGAGUUGCUGUCAUGUUAAAUGCUCUCCAUUUGUAAAGUAUUUGCCUCAAAGUGGACUGAUGGAGCUCAAAUCGUUUUGAGAUGAUUUUAUAGCCUUCCCCAGACUGAUGUGCUCUCACUUCCCUCGUCCUGAUGGCCUCUGAGAUCUCCUUUCCUCUCGGCAUGGUGUGCUUUGCAUUCAUCUGGAUGGGUAACACCAAACGGACCAGGUUUCCUAUCUCUAUUUAUCAGAGUCCCGCCCAAACUCUUUCCUAACGAUCUCUCCUUUGAUUGAUUCAUUUGGUAGCUAAUUAUUUACCUACCUGAUUCUGCUUACCUACUUGAUUUAACCAAUGCAACAUGGGGUUCACUUAUUUUUGCACCUGCACUAAUUCCUUUUUAAUUUUGUUUUUCUACUACACACAUUAUUUCCUCUACACCAACAUAUGGUAUUGGUAAAUAUAAACCUGUUAUGUCAGAUCAAAAAGACUGGUUCUGAUUAAAGGAAGAUUUCAUGGUAAAAACUGAAAAAAUCUGUAAUUGGACAAGGGGUUCACAUACUUUCAAGCAGCACUGUAUCACUGCUAGAUUAAUUGUUUGGAAUCACUAUAAAGAUGAAAAAAUAUAUAUGCAAUACUUAAGUUAUUUGGAUAAUAAUCAAUGUAUCGAAUGGGCUGUAUUUCUACUAAAUCAACAAUAAAUAAUAAAAUAUAAUGUUUACUUCAUAUAUAAGUGAAAUAUAACUGUCCUUCUAUCUCCCCUGGGCUGCAGCCCCAUCGUGUCGAAGAAAGGUUACCUGCACUUUCUGGAGCCCCACACCAGUGGCUGGGUGAAGCGCUUCGUGGUGGUGCGCCGGCCCUACGUCUACCUGUACCGCAACGAGAGGGACAGUGUGGAGCGCGCUGUCAUCAACCUCUCCUCCGCUAAGGUGGAAUACAGCGAGGACAAGCAGACUCUGCUCCGGGUAGGACUGACAGAAACUUAUUUCAAAUAUAUCAUAAAUAUAUCAUAAAUAUAUUACAAAUAUACCAUAUACAUUUGACAAAUGAAUCACUAAUUUAUUAAAAAUAUACUAUGGAUAUACCAAAAAUACAGUAUACCACUAAUAUAUUUGUUGGAAUAUACUUAUUGGGUAUAUUUUUCCCAUAAGUAUAUUUGUUUAUAGACAAAUAUAAAACUAUAUACAGUGAGGGAAAAAAGUAUUUGAUCCCCUGCUGAUUUUGUAAAUUUGCCCACUGACAAAGACAUGAUCAGUCUAUAAUUUAAUGGUAGGUUUAUUUGAACAGUGAGAGACAUAAUAACAACAACAAAAUCCAGAAAAAUGCAUGUAAAAAAUGUUAUGAAUUGAUUUGCAUUUUAAUGAGGGAAAUAAGUAUUUGACCCUUCUGCGAAACAUGACUUAGUACUUGGUGGCAAAACCCUUGUUGGCAAUCACAGAGGUCAGACGUUUCUUGUAGUUGGCCACCAGGUUUGCACACAUCUCAGGAGGGAUUUUGUCCCACUCCUCUUUGCAGAUCUUCUCCAAGUCAUUAAGGUUUCGAGGCUGAUGUUUGGCAACUCGAACCUUCAGCUCCCUCCACAGAUUUUCUAUGGGAUUAAGGUCUGGAGACUGGCUAGGCCACUCCAGGACUUUAAUGUGCUUCUUCUUGAGCCAUGCCUUUAUUGCCUUGGCCGUGUGUUUUGGGUCAUUGUCAUGCUGGAAUACCCAUUCCCGACCCAUUUUCAAUGCCCUGGCUGAGGGAAGGAGGUUCUCACCCAAGAUUUGACGGUACAUGGCCCCGUCCAUCGUCCCUUUGAUGCGGUGAAGUUGUCCUGUCCCCUUAGCAGAAAAACACCCCAAAGCAUAAUGUUUCCACCUCCAUGUUUGACGGUGGGGAUGGUGUUCUUGGGGUCAUAGGCAGCAUUCCUCCUCCUCCAAACACGGCGAGUUGAGUUGAUGGCAAAGAGCUCGAUUUUGGUCUCAUCUGACCACAACACUUUCACCCAGUUCUCCUCUGAAUCAUUCAGAUGUUCAUUGACAAACUUUAGACGGGCCUGUAUAUAUGCUUUCUUGAGCAGGGGGACCUUGCGGGCGCUGCAGGAUUUCAGUCCUUCACAGCGUAGUGUGUUACUAAUUGUUUUCUUGGUGACUAUGGUCCCAGCUGCCUUGAGAUCAUUGACAAGAUCCUCCCGUGUAGUUCUGGGCUGAUUCCUCACCGUUCUCAUGAUUAUUGCAACUCCACAAGGUGAGAUCUUGCAUGGAGCCCCAGGCAGAGGGAGAUUGACAGUUCUUUUGUGUUUCUUCCAUUUGCGAAUAAUCGCACCAACUGUUGUCACCUUCUCACCAAGCUGCUUGGCGAUGGUCUUGUAGCCCAUUCCAGCCUUGUGUAGGUCUACAAUCUUGUCCCUGACAUCCUUGGAGAGCUCUUUGGUCUUGGCCAUGGUGGAGUCUUUGGAAUCUGAUUGAUUGAUUGCCUCUGUGGACAGGUGUCUUUUAUACAGGUAACAAACUGAGAUUAGGAGCACUCCCUUUAAGAGUGUGCUCCUAAUCUCAGCUCGUUACCUGUAGAAAAGACACCUGGGAGCCAGAAAUCUUUCUGAUUGACAGGGGGUCAAAUACUUAUUUCCCUUAUUAAAAUGCAAAUCAAUUUAUAACAUUUUUGACAUGCGUUUUUCUGGAUUUUGUUGUUGUUAUUCUGUCUCUCACUGUUCAAAUAAACAUACCAUUACAAUUAUAGACUGAUCAUGUCUUUGUCAGUGGGCAAACAUACAAAAUCAGCAGGGGAUCAAAUUCUUUUUUCCCUCACUGUAUAUAUAUAAUAAAUAUAUAUUUAUACCAUUGAUUUCCUGUAUCUGUCCAAUUGUAAUUAAUUUACCAGGUACCGUCCUUUUAGUAACUAAAUAAUUUCUGCUUUUAGACUCCAAACACAUUUGCAGUGUGCACCGAGCAUCGCGGAAUACUUCUCCAAGCCAGUAAUGACAAGGAGAUGCACGACUGGCUGUAUGCUUUUAACCCUCUGCUCGCCGGAACCAUCAGGUAUAGUAACCCCUAACCUAAACCCUCACUGCCUCAACCUUUUUACCUCAUGUCUUCAUUCAUUGAAACCCCUCCUCAAACCUUUAUUAUGUAAUACCAGGUUACUUAAAUCUUCUAGUAAACACUUGUUCAAGCUAAUUUCAAAUUCAGUGUCUCCCCACAAUCAUUCUCAGUCAAACAUUAACCCUCCCCUCUUCCCCCUCCCUCCCCAAGGUCUAAGCUCUCCAGAAGAAAGUCAGGCCCAAGGAUGUGA